AGAUGGAGAUGGUAACUUGUUUAACUGCUGGAUGUCAACAAAUUCGACAGCAUUUCCGGGAUUGUAAAGUUUUAUUUUUGUAUGAGAGAAGUAAAGCGAAGUUUGCAAGAAGUUUAUAACGUCUGUUUAUUUUUUUUUUCUGCACCGUAAGGUGCGUGAAAAUUCUACAGAACCAUGGGUGAAGUAGUGAACGGUGUUUCUUUGGAUUCUCUUACUACUGAAGAAUCACUAUAUAAAUUGCUCGAUGCUACAGAAGAUUUCGAUGAAAGAAAGAAAGUUCGAAGUCGCUUACGGCAGCUGCAAGCCGAAUUGCGAGCUCAGCGUGAAGAAGCAAUGCGAAAGCGGGAACAGGAACGGGAGGAGAUGAUCCUUCAACGGAAGAGAGAUGCUGAGGAGCAGAAGCGUAGAAUGCUUGCCAUGUACGACCAAAUGGCCAAAUCGGCACCCGCUGGAGCUCCAAAGGUUAUGGAUAUUAACAUCUACAAAAAUGCAGAAACCUCACCUGCGCCGGUGGAACCACCCCCUAAACGAGAUUUGGUAGAAGAAGCAAUUCAGCAGCGGCAGAAAGAAGCAAUAGAAAGAAAACGCAAAAUGCUGGCAGCGUACGAUGCUGCGGCAAAAUCUGGACAACCCGGUCCCAAGACGGCGGAUUUCGAUGCCAUCAAUGAAUCUACCUCAGCCCCUGUGACUCCAGUCGAGAAAAAGCCAGUAGAUUGUACGUUUGGAAGCAUCAUACCAAAACCCGCUCAAAGCAAUCAAAAGCUUUCAGCCAAGGCCAAGUUCCAACAGAUGGAUGCCGUCCAAAACAAGCAAACUCCAUCCAGACCCAAUUUCCAACGUGGUGGUGGUGUGACUCGAAGUGCAAGUGAUAUAAAGGAUAUGCUACUUCAGUGGUGCAAAAGCAAGACUCGGGAAUACGAGCAAGUAGACAUAACAAAUUUUUCAACGUCAUGGAACGACGGAAUGGCUUUCUGCGCUCUCAUUCAUCACUUCUAUCCCGAUGCUUUCGAGUUUGAAUCUCUAAAUCCCAAGAACAGGAGAUACAAUUUCGAUCUUGCCUUCAGGACUGCAGAAGAAAAAGCCGACAUUGCGCCACUGCUUGAUGUUGAAGACAUGGUUAUAAUGAAGAAACCUGACUGGAAGUGUGUCUUCACUUACGUCCAGAGUUUCUACAGAAAACUCCACGACAAAGACUAAUGCAGAA